AUGUUCUCUACCUCCACCUUCGCAUCCACCACCGAUCCUAGCGCACUCGAUGACGGAACAUACCUCUUCGAUCAAUCCCACGAUGAUCUUCUGUCGGUGCCAAUGUCCAGUGACAGUAUACAUCUGAAAGGCGGCAUCACUCCCAUGACCGGGCUUAGUAACCUGGAAUACGGCAGGGAGUCAACUACGUCCUCGGUACACUAUGGUGAAUCCCACGAUACGUCCGAGCUUAGUACUGGCCAUAUAAGUGGCGGAGACGAUCAUGAAGCGUCUACCCCUGGAGCAUUUAUCAACGGAUAUGGACACAUGUACGCUCAUUCGCCGCUGCAGGAUCCGUUCACUCCCCAGUCAAACAUGGGGAAUGGGACAAACAACGUGCAGGCUGAACCGAAUAUGCGUACUGCAACCCAUGAUCCAAAACGGCAUCCUCCACUGAAAAAUCAUCAAGAAGACGCUGGUGUCAUGGCAAGAACGCCGCAAAGUCUGGAUCGUGUAUCACAUGCUUCUUCCACUCCUGAACUUCCUCAGAUGGCUGGUCGGCCCAGCGUCCACCGGAGGACCAAUUCCACACCAGCUCGCGGCAAGGUGGUUGAAUUAAAAGCAAGCUCAAGUAUACCUACAACGAUAUCAUGGCAGGAGUUUGGACGACAGUGCAUUCUGGCAGCAGAGAACAGCAGACUAAACCCUUUCGCUCUCCAUCCCGCAGAGUACCGGCUUCUGCGAGAACACAUCAAUCAAGCACAGGUGACGAUCUAUUUGAACAUCAGAAACGCCAUACUACGGAUAUGGCAUCGCAAUCCGCUCGUGUAUGUGUCUCUACAAGAAGCAGCAGGCUGUGCGCGCGACAAGCGGCACUUUGGACUGGCCAAAGUGGCGUAUAUGUGGCUGCUGAGAAAUGGUUACAUCAACUUUGGCUGCGUGGAGAUACCGAAUACCGCUGGCCCGACUCCCAAAUCCAAGGCUAAAGCUGGUCUGCAACGAACAAUCAUUAUAGUUGGUGCGGGAAUGUCCGGUUUAGGUUGUGCGAGACAUCUGGAAGGCUUGUUCGCUCAGCUUGGUAACCAACUGACAGAAGCAGGCGAGCGUGCACCAAAGAUCGUCAUACUUGAAGCUCGACCUCGGGUCGGUGGUCGGGUGUAUUCACAUCCCUUCCUCAACCAGUCGAGUUCUUCCCUCCCUCCAGGACAUCGUUGUACUGCUGAGAUGGGCGCACAAAUUGUCACAGGUUUCGAGCAUGGGAAUCCCCUAAUCACGAUCAUCCAACGUGCAGCUGUUUAUCGUAACAAGCCGGCAGUGCAACGGACGGUAGAGGGUGACCGCAGCUUCUUGUUGUUCGGCCGCGAGCCUAGCGAUAACGGAGGCCCAACAAUUGCGCAAACUGAGGAAGCCGACGUAUCGCUGCUAGCGAACGCUGAUCAUGCAGCCUCAACGAAGGAGGAGAAGCCUACGACGGGUGUAGAGAAGCUGGCCGGACGAGCAUAUCAACUGAGUGCUGGCUUCAAUCCUGACAUCACUGCAGCAGAGACUAUGCAGAGCCUGGGAUGGAAGCUGAAACUUGGAGCCUCCACUUCACAAUCAUUAGAUCUGGACACCAUCGCAAAAGGCUCCGACUUCCCAACGCUUGGACAGACCAUGGACGAAGGUUUUCGACAAUACCAGAGCAUUCUCGAUAUGCAGCCCAAAGACAUGCGUCUGCUUAGUUGGCAUCAUGCUAAUCUUGAGUAUGCCAAUGCUGUAAGUGUGAAUCAACUCAGUCUGAGUGGAUGGGAUCAAGACAUUGGGAACGAGUUUGAGGGCGAGCAUUCGGAAGUGAUUGGGGGCUUCCAACAGGUUCCACGAGGCCUAUGGCAAAGUCCAAGCAGGCUCGAUAUCCGGUUCAAUUCGCCAGUCAGGACGGUUCGCUAUCAGACGGACGGGAGCCAAAGCGGCAAAGCUGUCAAGAUUGAGUGCAGCAAUGGGGAAACAUAUGAAGCAGACCAGAUCGUCCUGACCACUCCUCUCGGCGUGCUCAAGUCUGGUUCUGUUGAGUUUCAACCCCCACUUCCAGACUGGAAGCAGGACGUCAUUGCACGCAUGGGUUUUGGCCUGCUCAACAAGAUCAUCCUCGUUUACGAGAAGGCAUUUUGGGAGCCAGAACGAGACAUGUUCGGCUUGCUCAAUGAGGCAGAAAUCGACGCUAGCAUGCGCCCUGAAGACUACUCAGCCAAACGCGGGCGGUUUUACUUGUUCUGGAACUGCAUCAAGACAAGUGGCAAGCCUGUGCUCGUUGCGCUGAUGGCAGGCGAUGCUGCUCAUUACGCCGAAGCGACGUCGAAUGACCAAUUAGUCAAAGAGGUCACCGACAGACUCGAUUCCAUGUUCGCACCCAACCCCGUCCCACUUCCGUCGGAAACGAUUGUUACACGGUGGAAGAGAGAUCCUUAUGCUCGCGGUAGCUACUCGUACGUUGGGCCACAGACACAAGCAGGCGAUUAUGAUGUCAUGGCACGGCCACAUGGGCCAUUGCACUUUGCUGGUGAAGCUACAUGUGGGACACAUCCAGCGACGGUUCACGGGGCCUACUUGUCAGGUCUUCGAGUUGCUGCCGAAGUGGCCGAGACGAUCCUUGGGCCUAUACAGAUACCCAGUCCGCUCGUGGAAAAGAAGAUGAAAGUGGAGGCCUCGACGACUCCGACAUUGGAUGGCAAACGCCGCUUUGAACCUGCGGUAUCACCGCAGAAGAACGCUAAGCCAGCGCGAGUGCAGCGGGACGAAGACUAUGAGGCUGCCAUCAUCGGAGCCAUACUGACGGAAAUUGGUGAACGGCCGAUCAAGCCAGGCCGGACGGGGGUGAAUCCUUUCCUGCUGUACACCAAGGACUUUUGGUAUAUUUGCAAACAGGAGGGGGAUGAUGCACGCAAGGCGGCGACGGGGAACCCAGAAGCCAAGGCGUCGAAACAAGAGAUCAGGAACGCGAUUGGGCUCCGAUGGCGCAUGGCAAGCGAGGAGGUCAAGAAGCCUUACCUCGAGCAAGCCAGCCAUGCACGAGAGGAUGCGACGGCGCAUGCAGCGGACUUCAAGGAGCGGGUGGCUACAUGGGACAAGGAAGCUGCACGGAUACGUCGAGAGUACAUUCAGGCGAAUCCGCCCGAAGGAGGGAACGAGGACCUGAUUCUUAACAGUCGGACUGCGAUUGAACUAGGCGCUAGCAAACGGCUGCGGAGGUUGUAG